UUUGGCAAAGUGGUGGUCAAAUAUUCGCAGUAGUGGUCGAAAGUAAGGAGCCGCACACGGAGGAGGCCGGACAACAGCAGGGCGAUUUGCGCGAGCUCCUUGAGGAAUUAGAAGGAGUGUUAGGCGAACCCAAGGGCCUACCACCUCACCGGGAGUCCGACCACCGCAUAGCCCUGAUUAAUGAGCAGCACGCAGUACACGUCCACCCCUAUAGGUACGCUCACUUCCAGAAAACUGAGAUUGAGAGGCAAGUGGCUGAGAUGCUAGAAUCGGGGUUAAUUCAGCAUAGCAAGAGUCUGUUUUCUUCACCAGUACUGUUAGCUAAAAAGAAAGAUGGCACGUGGAGGUUCUGUACCGAAUACCGAGCUUUGAAU